AUGAAGAAAAUAAAAAACAUAUCACAUAAUGCUGGAUUUACAAAAAAUAAAAGAGAUUUUGAUAUAUUUAAAUCCCAAUAUAAAAAAGUAUUUUUUCAUAGUACACAAAAAAAAAAAAUAUGUGAAAAACAACUAAAUACCUACAAUGAAAAUUUUGUAAAUGAGAAUAAAGCGUCGAUUUCUUCCGUUUCCUCUUAUAUGUUUCCAAUAAAAAAAGAGAAUAUUUUAAACAGAAAUCAUGCUCGUUAUUUCUCUACUAAUAAUAUAAAUGAACCAAACUUAUAUAUUGAAAACUAUUCUAAGAUAAGACAAUAUAUUAAUACCAUAGAUGGUGAAGAAUCUAUAAUUAUGAACGUUUUGAAGGAAAAAACACAUGCCUGCAUAAAGAAAACAAGAGAACAAUUAAAAACAAUUAUACAUACAUAUCCCAAUACGCCUAUAUCUAUAUGUACACCUAAUAAUGUGAUUGGAGGUUUAAGAAAUACUAUAACUUUAAUUACUGAUACAUCAAUUUUAGAGAAGAAAAAGGGAAUAUUAUUUAGAGGUAGGUCUGUAGAUAAAAUUUUAAAAGAUUUUCCAAAAUGGGACGAAACAUGUAAAUAUCCCAUGGCUGAAGCAAUGCUAUGGUAUUUAUUAACAAAAGAAAUACCAGGAGUAGAAAAUUUAAAACUUUUUUCACGAGAACUAUAUUGCCGAGCAAACAAAAUUCCAUCGUUUGUUUUUGAAUUUAUAGAUAAUAUACCACCAUUUACACAUCCUAUGAGUCAGUUAAUAAGUACAGUUUCUUUUUUAGAAUCAUUAUCCUUAUUUAAAAUAAAAUAUUCCGAAGGAAUAUUAAAAUCAGAUUAUUGGAAAUAUAUUUUAGAAGACGCUGUUUCUUUAAUUGCUCAAAUUCAAGUUGUAGGGGCAUAUAUUUUUAGAAGAACGUUUAUUGACAAUUCUAUUAAAAAAGGAGAAGGAAUUAAUUUAGACAUAGAUCUUGAUUGGUCAGCUAAUUUUUCUAAAUUGAUCGGGUAUGAUAGUAAUCAAGUAAAAGAUUUGUUAAGAUUGUAUUUUUUAUUGCAUAGUGAUCAUGAAGGUGGAAAUGCAAGUGCACAUGUAUCUCAUUUAAUAGGAAGUACAUUAGGAAAUCCAUAUUUGUCCUUUUCUGGAUGUGCUAUUGCAUUAUAUGGGCCUUUGCAUGGUUUAGCUAACCAAGAAUGUCUAAAUUUUUUGCUAGAUAUAAAAAAUAAAUUAGGUGAUAAUAAAGCAUCAUAUGAAUUUAUUGAAAAAUAUGCAAAAAAUUAUUUAAAUUCUGGAAGAGUCAUACCUGGAUAUGGCCAUGCAGUUUUAAGAGUUCCUGAUCCUCGAUUUUUAGCUUUUAGAAAUUUUGCUUUAGCUAACUUUCCAAAUGAUCCAUUAGUGGAAAUACUUGAAAUGUGCUACAAAGUAAUACCUGGAAUUCUUUCAGCAACUGGGAAAGUUAAAAACCCUUACCCAAAUGUAGAUUGUUAUAGUGGCUCAUUAUUAUAUCAUUAUGGAAUUAAGUAUCCCGAAUAUUAUACAGUAUUGUUUGCUAUUUCUAGGGCGAUCGGUGUGAUGUCACAAUUAGUUUUAUCUCGAGGUUUAAUGUACCCAUUAGAACGCCCCAGAUCAGUCGAUGUAUACAAUUUAAGAAAAAUUUGUGAAAAAAAUUAUGUUAAAAUAGAGGAAUUCGAGUAA